AUGGGUAAUGUCCCUGACGCGGUGAAGCAUUGCCUGAGCUACGAGCAAGUCAUCCGGGAUUACCCGUGGCUGGCUCAGUGGCUGCAGGAGGGGCAGGUGAGCAGCCUCCCUAGAGCUGCAAUAAAUACGUACCCAGAGUUUGUUAAAGUUGUUGAAGUUGGACCAAGAGAUGGACUACAGAACGAGAAGGAAAUCGUUCCAACAGGAGUCAAAAUUCAGCUGAUAGACAUGCUCUCGGAAGCAGGCCUGCCUGUGAUUGAGGCCACCAGCUUUGUGUCUUCAAAGUGGGUACCCCAGAUGGCUGACUCCACGGAGGUGCUAAGGGGUAUAAAGAGGUCACCUCACAUCAAAUAUCCUGUUUUGACACCUAACCUGCGAGGCCUUAAGGCUGCUGUUGCAGCCGGAGCUGCUGAGGUGGCCGUGUUUGCGUCUGCCUCCGAGACCUUCAGCCGAAAGAACAUCAACUGCUCCAUUGCAGAGAGUAUGCAAAGGUUUGAAGAGCUCAUCCAGUCUGCCAGAGAGGCGCACAUUCCUGUCCGAGGGUAUGUUUCCUGUGCGCUAGGAUGCCCAUAUGAAGGACAAAUUCUACCAGCUAAAGUGACAGAAGUGGCAAAGAAGCUGUACGGCCUGGGCUGUCAUGAGAUUUCUCUGGGUGACACCAUCGGCGUGGGCACGCCGGGCUCCAUGGCCAAACUGCUGGAGAGUGUACUGAAGGAGGUGCCCAACCAUGUCAUAGCUGUCCACUGUCACGACACCUAUGGGCAGGCGCUUGCUAACGUCCUCAUGGCACUACAGAUGGGGAUUUCUGUGGUGGAUUCCUCGGUUGCAGGACUGGGGGGCUGUCCUUAUGCCAAAGGCGCCUCUGGAAAUGUGGCGACCGAGGACCUCCUUUACAUGCUGCACGGCCUGGGUAUUAAUACAGGAGUGGACCUCUCCAAAGUGAUGAGUGCUGGGGACUUCAUCUGCAAAGCCUUAAACCGUAAAACCAACUCCAAAGUCGCUCAAGCAAACUGCCAGCCCUAGACUUUAUCUAAGUCACUCCUUGAGGAAAACCCUGAUGUACUUUUGUCCCUUCAUAUGACACUGACCCAUGCUCUUAAUGAUUCAUAGCAUAUGUAGUAACUUCUAUGCUGCGUAAAAUAUCCUCAGUGUUAUAAUUUAUGAAAGUAAGCCACUGCACGCACUUUAGUGUACAGCAAAUGUUGGAUAUUAAGAGAGCACAGAGGGGUCACUGGCCAUUUUUUAGACCAAAGACAUUGACCCCUUGGUUUUUCUCUUCUCUGCCAUCUGAUUACUAUACAUAGUGCUCAUGACCUGCCAUCUGGUUUUAGCACAUAGUGCUCAUGACCUACUGUCUUGUUGCGGUAUGCAUCGGUCAUGCCCUGCUGGAUUAGAGCUGGAAGAC